GACGAGGACGUGGACCAGCUCUUCGGAGCCUACGGCUCCAGCCCCGGCCCUGGCCCCGCGCGGCCGCCCGCCAAGCCCCCCGAGGACGAGCCGGACGCCGACGGCUACGAGUCGGACGACUGCACCGCCCUGGGAACGCUGGACUUCAGUCUGCUCUAUGACCAGGAGAACAACGCACUGCACUGUACCGUCAGUAAGGCCAAGGGCCUGAAGCCGAUGGACCACAAUGGACUGGCUGAUCCUUACGUCAAACUACACCUGCUGCCUGGAGCCAGCAAGGCAAAUAAGCUCAGAACAAAAACCCUUCGGAACACUCUGAACCCCACGUGGAACGAGACCCUCACUUAUUAUGGGAUCACGGAUGAGGACAUGAUCCGAAAGACUCUGAGGAUCUCCGUGUGUGAUGAGGACAAAUUCCGCCACAAUGAGUUCAUCGGGGAGACUCGCGUGCCCCUGAAGAAGCUGAAACCCAACCACACCAAGACCUUCAGCAUCUGCCUGGAGAAGCAGCUGCCGGUGGACAAGGCGGAAGACAAGUCCCUGGAGGAACGAGGCCGCAUCCUCAUCUCGCUCAAGUACAGCUCGCAGAGGCAGGGCCUGCUGGUGGGCAUCGUGCGCUGUGCACACCUGGCUGCCAUGGAUGCUAACGGCUACUCAGACCCCUACGUGAAAACAUACCUGAAGCCGGAUGUAGACAAGAAAUCCAAGCAUAAGACAGCAGUGAAGAAGAAAACGCUAAACCCGGAGUUCAAUGAGGAGUUCUGUUACGAGAUCAAGCACGGAGACCUGGCCAAGAAGACCCUGGAGGUCACUGUCUGGGACUAUGACAUUGGAAAGUCCAAUGAUUUCAUUGGUGGAGUGGUUCUGGGCAUCAAUGCCAAGGGUGAGCGCCUGAAGCACUGGUUUGACUGCCUGAAGAACAAGGACAAGAGGAUUGAGCGUUGGCACACGCUCACAAACGAGCUCCCGGGGGCUGCGCUCAGCGACUGACUGUCCCAUCUGCCGCCCACCCAGCCCACACAGGUCCGGCCCUGGGCUUUCUCAGCUGCCAUCAAGGGCUAUGGCCUCACAAUGGGCAAGAUCCAGGUUGUCUACUCGGGCAAAGCCACUGCAGCCCCUGCUUGGAGGACCCGGAGCACCCAGGCCCCCUCAGAAGACAUGGAUUAAAUUUGUUUCAGGCCCCCUGGUGGCCAGGAGGGCUGGAGCUGGGCCCUCAGCUCCACCCGGAGGAAGGGCUAUCCAGGGUGAGGACCUGUUGGAGAUGAGGGAUGGAACACUUGCUGCAAGCACAGAAAUGGGGGUCUUUGGCUGCCUGGCAACCACAGGGGAAGGACUAUGUGUGGGAAGGCAGAGCCCAGGACUCCAGGACGGACAAUGUGGCCAACCAGAGCUUCCAACUUGCUCAUGCCUGGCACUGAUGGGCAGACAGAAAGAGGUGAGGCCCCAGGGCAGGGGUCCCUGUGUAGCAGAGGAUCUGGGUGUACACAUUGGGUGUACCAGGACCAGCUGGUUGUCUGCAAGGGCUGUGGGUGCUGCUGCCUGCUGAAGGGUGGAGGAGGGAAGGCAGCCUGGGGGAUCACGGCUCAGCACAGCCUGGAAAAGCCAGCUGUGGCUAAGACAGAACCAAAUACAGACACAGGAGGACUGAAAGGGGGUCUGGAGGUCAGGGCCAGGGAACCAUGAGGGCCUGCAUUAGGUUUUUAGGCAGGAGCUGGGCUUGGGGAUGUGUGCAAACAUUGUAGGGAAACCCAGCUCGACUGUGGAAACCCAAGCUCUCCUGUUUGAUCUUGCUCCCAAGGAGCAACGCGUACUGUUCCCGUUGUCAGCUUAAAUCUCUAGUCAGCUUUAGGGAAAAGAGAAAGAGAUCCUGAUCCUACUAGCAUGGAAAGAGGAAAGCAUUUCUCCCGCCUGUCCAUCUCUCCCUUCUUCAUCCCCUCAGGCUAGUGUUCAAUCCCUCACAGAUACCCAUGGCCCCCUGGCCCUAUCAAGACAGUGGCUUGCCUUCAGGAAGAGCAGUGGAAGACAGAGCCUUGUCUCGGGGAAGGCCCGGGGGUGGAGGUGAGGGUCUGCCUUCUGGGCCUGGUCUCACUUUCUAGGAAAGGGUGGGACACAUCUCAGUCUUGAAGGCCCCAAAUGUCUCCUGCCAGCUGAGGCUCUAGGAUCACAGGAGGAAUGGAGAACUAUGGAUUUCCACCUUAUCUCAGACCUGUUCUGUUCAAUCCAUCACUAGGUGACAAGGCACAGGGGUCCUGAGAGGGAAGGUGCCCUAAGCCCAGCACCUCCUACAGCUAAAGUCAGGCCCCAGGGACCCAGAGAUUGAGAUUGAGUCACCCAAUCUCACCAGCCCUUCCUAGUUGGCAGGGAAUAGGUCUGUGGCCCUGCACAGCACCCAGCCACCUGUUGCCUGUAGAGACUGGAUUCUCCUCUUGAAAAGGCUUUGCCUAUGUUGUUGAGGUGGCACGUUCUUACAGAAUCUUCACCAUCCUGUGUGGUGGAUGGCUUGGUCAACCCAUUUUGCAAAUGAAAUGGUCACAGAGAAGUUGAUAAACUUCCAGGGCCACCAAGCUGGGAGGGCCUGAAGCAAGAUUUAACCCCAAGCAAGGCCUUUGUCUGAGGACGAAAGAUGGAGGACUUCCCCUGUCUUUCCUUCUGGACUGACUGGGGCUUGGUGAAGUCAGUUACAGAGGAAUCUUGCUACUGUCCGCCACCUCACCCCCUAGCUGGCUUUGAUAUCAUUUAAGGUUUGCCAAAAGGCCACAGCCAAGCCCAGAACCUCAGCUGCCCUACCCCGAGGUAAAGUGACUUGGGGGACAGGCUGAUAUUUUCCUCACACAGUUAGAAACGCUAGCAGGUGUUUCAAGGCACCUGAUUGAGCUCUGAGUAACUUCUUUGCCCUUUGAGGUGGCUUGUUCAGGGAGGAGCCGGGCUGCCCUCCUGAAGAGAAAGACGUGUUUAUUAGACGCGAGAUGACUGAGGCUUAAGCAGAAGAGCAGAGCUCAGGUGGGAUGGGAAGCCUGCAUCCCUCUGUUGCCCUAGGCAGAAAGUGGCUUGGGUCUCGAUGGUCCUCGCCAACCCCAGGGACAGGGAGGGUGGGAGGCAAGAUUUCUAGCCAGUUGGCUCGCGUGUAAGGUGAGUGCCCAGGCAGGAGCGCACUAAAAAGUGAUGGAACUUUCCCGGGACCCGGGAGCGUUUGUAAAUCCCCAGCACAUUACAACUCUGCUACGGGAAAUGCCCUUUGCGAAGUUACAGAAUCAGCUCCGCCUUUCACCCCAAACGGGUGUCCAUCAACGAUGCAAAGAGGAAAUCUGAUACCAAAAACAAAGGUCAUUCCAAAGUCCUGGCAGUACCCCGGGUGUCUCCAGGCGGCCCCUCAGCCACCUCGCGCCCUGGUCUCCGCCCCGCCCACUGCCACCGUUAGCCAAUCCCCGAGAGGGCCCGUCUUCCAAUCCUGAGGCGGCGACCUCCUGAUCUCUAGUGGCAAGAGCGAGGAGCUGCACUUCCGCGGCCCGCCCGCCGCCGAGCCCGGGCUAAGCAUGUCCUGCCCCUUCAUCCUGGUCCCGCCACGUGAACCUGAUGCAUGGACUCCUGCUGUCGCCGACUCGCGCGGACUCGUACACUGCUUACGGUUUUGCCACCACGUGACGGCUGCGGACUAUGUCCUCAAACUGCAGCGUCAAGACACAAUUUUUGUAAUUUCGUCCGACCUUCCCGAAGGUGUCCUUUUAAAGUCUUCUUUGUUAAUAUUUAUAACGAUAUAUAACUCAAAGUAAAUGGGAACAUCGCACCGAGUUCGCAGGCGCUUGGGAGACUCCUUUGGAAAAUCAGGAGGGUGCGAGCGAAAGGGAACCGGGGCUUACGUGUCGCAUUUACCCUUGUUUUUUUUAAAUGAUCGCACUUGUAAACCAGUCUAGCGUCCAACUGUGGUAAGCCUCCUGCCUUUCAUCUACUCACCAAGAGCCCAUUUGAAACAGGCUUGCAAGUUACAUAUGAGGAAACUGAGGCUCAGAAGGUUGAAUAUGUGAGGCUGAUCAGAAACAUUUGCCACAAGCCUCAAGGACCUGAGUGUGAUCCCUGGAACACCUCCCCCCCCCCC